AUGACUCUUACUCCUGAUUCCAAUGUGUCCAAAAGGCAAGAACUCAACUGGUUUACUAUCUUGUUGAGCGAUGUAUCGCAGUGCAUCGUUCGCCCUCUCGAUAGCAGUUUCGCUAAGCCCUCGCUGUAUCAGAAACGCAGUGAGGAUGAUCUGCGCAUUUGGAAACUCCUCUCGUAUGCUCUCGACUACCCUAGCGUAGUCUUGGACAGCCGAAUUAGACAAGCCGUUCUCGGUAAGGUGGUCGGUUCCCAUUUGGAGGUAGAAGGAUUGGAGGUUUGGCUGGUGGUUCUGGAGAGAACGAAGAAAACCUUGGUCAAUGAGAGCCAGAACGUUUUGGAUCUUGUCGGCGCCCAGGUGCCCGCCUAG